CAGUCAGGCCAGACAGCCUACAGACUGCCAUGGGACUGUUUGCCUGCAAGGCUUUAGGAAUGAAGGAGCUUUCUCCCUCUUCUGUGAAUCUCAAGAGACUCCUGGAAACAGAGACUUUGCCAUCCGAGCCUAUUCUGAUCAUUAUCUCCCCUGGUGCUGACUCCUCACAAGAGUUACAGGACUUGGCUGCUCAGACUAUAGGUGGCGAUAAAUACCACCAGGUUGCUAUGGGUCAAGGUCAGUCUGACAUAGAUUUGCAGUUGCUGAAGGAGUGUGCUCAGAAUGGAGAAUGGCUGUGUCUGAAGAACCUCCAUCUUGUAACACCCUGGCUGCCUCAGCUGGAAAAAGAAAUAAACACAUUGAAGCCACAUGAAGAUUUCAGACUCUGAAUGACAGCAGAAGUGCAUCCUUAAUUUCCCACAAUCCUCCU